AUGCCUUUCAAACUGUCAGCUACUCUACAAGGGCAUCAAGACUCUCCAAAGGCCGUCGCUUCGCCUUCUCCAGAUCUUAUCCUCUCAGCCGCUCGUGAUUCGACUACGAUAGCAUGGUUCAGGUCAUCACCACUUGCCUUCACCCCACAAAUUUCCUUUCAGACUGUGAAGCAAUUUGUCAACGCCGUCACUUACCUCCCAGCUACUCCGGAUGUGCCACAAGGUUAUGCUGUGUCGGGUGGGCAGGAUGGUACAAUCAACAUCUGGCCUCUUGAUGGCAGCUCUAAGGAGCCCUCACACGUCUUACUCGGCCACCAAUCCAACAUCUGCGCUCUCAAUACCGGUACAGAUGGUACCAUCAUCUCAGGAUCUUGGGACGGCACUGCAAAGGUCUGGAAAGAUUUCCAGCUUGUGUACAAUUUGAAAGGGCACGAAGGCGCUGUAUGGGCCGUACUCGCACUUGACGAUGAUCAAUACUUGACCGGCGGUGCGGAUCGUAAAAUCAUCCUGUGGCAGAAAAACAAGGCGAUAAGGAUCUUCAAUGGCCACAAAGAUGCUGUUCGUGGUCUCGUCCUUAUAACCGACAUCGGUUUUGCUUCUGCCUCAAACGACACUGAAAUACUUCUCUGGACCUUCGAUGGCGAUAUAAUACACAGCCUGAAGGCGCACACAGCUUACAUAUAUUCUUUGGCUGCGCUGCCUUGUGGAGAUAUUGUCUCUGCUGGGGAGGAUCGUACGGCGCGUCUAUGGCGAGACGGCGAAUGCGCACAGACUAUCGUCCACCCCGGUAUCUCGGUGUGGUCGAUCUCAGCCAUGCCGAAUGGUGACUUCGUGACGGCCUGUAGUGACGGCCUGGUACGCGUCUUCAGCGAACAUGAGGAGCGCUGGGCUUCUGCGGAGGAUCUCAAGGAGUUCGAAGAACAAGUUGCCAACUCAGCUGUCCCUUCGGCGGAGGUCGCAGGUGUUGACAAGUCUAAACUGCCAGGAGAGGAGGCCUUGGCCAACCCAGGCCAGAAGGAUGGACAAACUAUGAUGGUCAGGGAGAACGGUGCCAUCAUGGCGUACUCGUGGGACAGCAUGAGCCGCAGCUGGCAGAAGAUCGGCGAGGUCACAGGCACGGACAAACCAAAGGCUGGCGAGAAGGUCAACUACGAAGGCAAACAAUGGGACUACGUCUUUGAUGUGGCUAUCGAGGACGGUGCUCCUGCUCUGAAACUACCUUACAACGUCAGCGAGAACCCAUACACGGCUGCUCAUCGCUUCCUGGAACGGAACGGCCUGCCCAUGCACCACCUCGAUGACACGGCACAAUUUAUUGAGCGGAACACUGAAGGGUUCCGACUAGAUGCACCUGGCGCCGUUUCGGAUCCUUUCACUGGUGGUUCACGAUACGUGGCCUCAGGAAGUUCGGUCCCAACAGGUCCUCAGGCGAGCUACUCAGAUCCAUUCACUGGCGCAUCUCGUUAUGUCGCUCCUAGUGGCGGGGGCACAUCAUCUGGUGCUUCGUUUUCGGGUGGAGAUCCGUUCACUGGUGCUUCGAGAUAUGUCAGCCCGUCGAUGCAGCCGCCGACUCCAGCACCGGUGCCGGCACAACCUAAGUCUAUUAUUCCUCGUACAGAGGGUGUGUCGCUGAAGACGGCGAAUUUGCCCGCAAUGAAGAGCAAGAUCUAUCAACUUAACGACGACUUGGCCCACGAAAUCUCAACAGCUUCACUUGUCUUAUACCCCGAAGAGAAGAAGCAUAUCGAAGAUUGUUUUGCAUACCUCACCGAGGCUACCGACGAGCGUACCAACAGGCCACCGAUGAGGAAAUUGCAAGGCGCCCACAUCGAGACUUUGGUGCAUGUCCUGCAACGUUGGCCUGACGUUCUACGCUUCCCAGUGAUCGACCUCGCUCGCUUGCUUGUCGGUCACUGUGCUCCAUUAAUCCAAUCGUCGGGAACCAGAGACACCCUCUUCGACGCACUCUUCAACGCCUCAGGAUGGCAGAGCAUUCUUCAGACGCCACGGACGAAGUCACACGACACGAACAUUUUGUUGUUAUUGAGGACGUUGACGAAUGCGUUCCAAGAGAAGACUUUGUUCCAAGACGGGGUAUGGGCGGCGAAGAUUUUCGAUACGCUGUUUGCAGCUCCUCCAGAGAAUCUGCAGAAGCAGCAGAGAGUGGCCUUUGCGUCGAUCCUGUUGAACUUCUCUUGCAUCUCAUUAGAAGAGCGCGUGGAUCCUACGAUUCGGGCGAACCAUCUGAGGUUGAUCGAUAAGGUCCUGAGGGUCGAAAGACAGGAGAGCGAACCUGCAUAUCGGGCGUUGGUAGCGCUCGGGAACGUUCUCUACGCAUCUAAGACACAGAACAACCCACUGGACGAUGCGCUCGCUGCAGAACUUAUGGACGCGGUACUGCAAGUGCCUGGAGAGCUAUUAACCGAGGACAGGGAAAAAGUAAGAUCUGAAGUGCUGGCUAUCUUCGAGCAGUGAGGACGGUGUCCCGUGUCCUGGGUGGUCAAUACGUAGGGAGAGGAGAUUGGGGACCCGCCGUUCCCUCGGUUUAUAUGGGAUACUCUACAAGAACGGACGGUAGACAUCGCUUUUUACUUGUGGGCUAGGUAGUUGACUCUUAUACUCCUGGGCUGGGUGAUUAUAUCGGUGGGGAUGGUGCUUGUUUCGUAGGUGUGGCAAUAGGGCACUGAAGAUAGGACGAGUGUAUGGAAUGGGUGCUGAUAAUUUGUAUCUUGCGAGGUUUGGGCAUUGUGAUUUGUAGCUACAUAGGGCUUGCGACGUCGCGGACAGUGAGCGGCGGAUGUCGGCAUAGUUCGAGUUCUCCAUAUAUUUCAUGGAUGUUUUAUUCGGC